CUCGGUCGCCCUGCGCGUGGUGAGGUUUGAUUGGUUCAACUUUGCAAUGUGGACCAAUGAAAGCAUUCCAUCUGUCAAGUCACGUGGACUAAGCCGGCAUUUACACUAUCAACAUCACUAUUCUUGAGGACGUUGCGAAGAUGAAAACGUUCGUUUGUCUGCUCCUUUUCCUGGGAGUUGCCUUGUCAGAUCCCACUGUAUAUGUCAAGGAAGAAUUCGACUCAGAAAGUUGGAAAGAUAAAUGGGUAGAGUCCACUUUCAAAGGAGCAGACCAGGGUAAAUUUGCCUGGACAGCUGGAAAAUUCUAUGGGGAUGCUGAUAAAGACAAGGGAAUCCAGACCUCUCAGGAUGCAAAGUUCUAUGGAAUUUCUUCCAUGCUCGAGAAACCAUUUAGCAAUGCAGGAAAACAACUUGUUAUUCAAUUCACAGUAAAACAUGAACAAAAUAUUGACUGUGGAGGUGGAUACAUCAAACUUUACCCCAAAGAUCUGGACCAAAAAGCUCUUCAUGGAGAUUCUCCAUAUUUCAUAAUGUUUGGACCUGAUAUUUGUGGACCUGGCACCAAAAAAGUCCAUGUUAUUUUCAACUACAAAGGAAAGAAUUUGCUAUGCAAAAAAGAUAUCCGCUGCAAAGACGAUGUUUUCACUCAUCUGUAUACGCUAAUCGUCAAUUCUGAUAAUUCCUAUGUAGUGAAAAUUGAUAAUGAGAAGGUGGAGAGUGGACAACUAGAGGAGGACUGGGACUUCCUGCCACCAAAGAAAAUCAAGGACCCAGAAGCCAAGAAGCCAGAUGACUGGGAUGAACGUGAGAAGAUUGAUGAUCCUGAUGACAAAAAACCCGAGGAUUGGGAUAAACCUGAGCAUAUUCCCGACCCAGAUGCCAAGAAACCCGACGAUUGGGAUGAUGAGAUGGAUGGCGAAUGGGAACCACCACAGAUUGACAAUCCAGACUACAAGGGAGAAUGGAAACCAAAGCAGAUUGAUAAUCCUGAAUACAAAGGGAAAUGGAUCCACCCAGAAAUUGAUAAUCCUGAAUAUACUGCCGACUCAGACCUUUACAAAUAUGAUGAUGUUGGAGCUGUUGGAUUUGAUCUUUGGCAGGUGAAAUCUGGUACAAUAUUUGACAACAUCCUGGUCACCGAUGAUGAAAAAUUCGCUGAGGAAGUUGGAAAAGAAACAUGGGGGGCUACCAAAGAUCCAGAAAAGAAAAUGAAGGAUGAGCAGGAUGAAGAAGAGAGAAAGCAGAGGGAGGAGGAAGAGAAGAAGAGGAAAGAGGAAGAAGAUAAGAACAAAAAAGAUGAUGAUGAUGAUGAAGCUGAUGAUGACGAGGGUGAUGAUGAGGAUGAGAAAAAGGAUGAUGAUGAUAAAGUUAAGGAUGAAUUAUAAUGAACCAGUUAUGCUAGAUCAUGAAGACAUUUUGCAGCAUUCAAGUAGACCAAUUGGGCAAUUCUACAUUACCUCAUUGCUCACUACAUAAUUCCAUUACUCGUGAUUGUCCAUUCAUGAAUGUGAUUGUGUGUAUGUCUCGGUGUAUUUGUGUCUGAAUGAAAAGUGUACUUGUGAUUGAAUGUUUAUGACUUGAGUGAUUAAGAGUUACAAAUGUAGAGGGGAUGUUUUUCUACUCUGGGGUCUUUUAUUUAUUGUUUUCUAUUCACUUUUCAGCUGUUAGCUUUACUUAAAAUAGGUUUAAAAUCAAAUUACAGUUGCCCAUCUUUGCAUUUCAGUUGUUACAAUACCGAUAUCUGUUGUUGAGUAUAAUUUAUUUUGGAGAGUGAAUAAAAGUGGGGUUUUUUAAGUAAAAA